AUGUCGUUUGGAUAUGCGGUCGGCGACGUUAUCGCUGUGCUCGGUCUCUUUGAACGCAUCGCUAUAGAGCUGCGGAAUUACAAAGAUGCCCCCGUACAUUUCCAACAGCUUCGUGCCGAACUGGACCUUGUUCACAGCACACUCAAACACGUCUUGAGCUUGGAAUCCGACUGCAAAGAGGAGCUCCAGACCUUGGAGCAGAUCAGAGCUAUCGUCAUACACUGUUCUCAGCCCUUGCAGGCCAUGGUUAACAAGAUGCGGUCCAAGGAAAGCAGUUUGGGCCACUUCAAAUCAACGAGAAACCUUGGUGCCAUCGGUGAAAGACUCCACUGGUCUAUGAUUGCUCAAGGGGAUGUAGACUCAGUGCGAAAAAUGAUCAUGUCUCAAAUGGCCGCUAUUAAUAUCCUCAUGAGUGUCCAGCAACUGUGCGCAAACGUCCUAACUUCAAACGCCAAGUCACUAAUGCAAUGA